GGGAAACAGUCGAUUGGCAUGUUUUAUGGGCGUCACUUGUGAUAAUAUCUCAAUGUGUUAUCGGUGCACCACUUUCAUUCAUAGAUUCUUCCGUAAUUAAUUUGGCGCAAACAAAAUAGAUUCGAUUUGAAAGGAACAAAAUUGAUGAACUGUAGGCCAAUCAAAGUGUUCUUUUAAUCGUUGAGCGAUAUUUGACUUUAUCUGGAAAUAAAAUUAGGCGAUUUCCGCACCAUUACUGUUCGUUUACAAUUUGUGUGAUACAAAUCCUUCUCGACAAUCCAACAUGGCUGCAUUGACGAGACAUGACACAUUUUGUUGGGAUUGUUGUGUCGAAAACACAACAUUGAAGUGCUCGAAUUGUCCACGGUCAUUUCAUCCCAAAUGUGCUAGAUCCAAAAAACGAAAUGAUUGUGAAACUUGGCGUUGUCCGAUCUGCAUUGAAUUGGAUGCUACAAAAAACACUGACGACAAAGAGUGUUUGGACAUGUUGCCAAUAAUGAUCAACCGCGUAUUGAACGAUGAAAAGUUUGCUUCAUUGAAGGUUCCAUUGAAAGGUGCAAAGCCUGAUUGUUUGGUGAAUCUAAUCGAUUUGACGAAGAUCAACGACAAGAUUUAUUCGUACACCAGCUUCUUCGAAUUUCUCACCGACAUCCAGUGUAUCGUUCACAACUGUUUGAUCUUAUUUUCCGAUAAGCACGACAUGGUAAAAACGGCCAAGUCCUUGGAGGAAUACCUGGAACAUGAGAUUAAAAGCGUGAAAAAGUGCAUCGAAUGCUAUUCGAAUGCAAAUAAACACCCGACGAACUGGUCAACAAUGGUUUGUGCGAAACCACAUCUCGUUCUCUGGGCUAAAGUGAUUGGAUACAACUACUGGCCCGGAAAGUGUAUGAAAGUUGAAGGCGAUAUGGUCAACGUACGAUUUUUCGGCGAUUAUACCGAAGCAGAUGUUUUAGCCACUAACUGUUUUUUGUAUUCAAAAACAAACCCAUCCGUGAAGUCGAUCAAGCCAUCGGACCGUUACAAGUUGGCAUUGAAAGAUGCCGAUAAGUACAUUCAAAACAUCCGCAAAACAUUCGGUUCGUAUAAGCUCGCUGAAACCAAGACUCCCUUCGACCCGACCUUGUUGAAUCAAUACCUUCUGGAUUCGAUUCCAGGAGCUGGUAGCUCUCCAAUCGUCUCGAAAGGCAUCACGGAUGGCAGUUCCGAUGCACUUAUCAACGCUUUGGAAGACCAAAUUCAUUCUGAUGCUGAUUCGUCGACGCUUCCAAGGGAUGUAAGCAUGAACAAGUCAACGUCGAUUGACUCGACCCAAGCUAAUGCAGCGACAGAAGUCAAUUCCAAAGAUAAUCCAUCGGAUUCAACUGAUAGCCUCAACCCGAAAAGUGAGCAUAUCAAGCAAAUCGAAGAACAGGUUCGAUUCCCUGACGACAAUGAUGGCGAGGUCACCCAGAAGAAGUUUGACAACGAUUCCAAUAUUGAAAUCAACAUAGAUUCAAUUAAUAGAGCUCUUGACGAAGAUUCCAUGGAAUAUUGCCAUAUUCCUGUUGUCCAGCCCGUUGAUGCUGAAAUUACAACCGAAACCUGGAAUUUGUCCAAAUGUCGAGAAGUCAUGGCGGAGAGUACCAAAGCUUUCGAAUGUGUGUGCGACUUGAACGCAAAAUUGCAAGACGAAAUGAAAAAUUUGGUCGCCAAAUACGAUCGACAGAUCACAGAUUUGGAACAACGCAACCAGCAGAUGAUUGCUAUUCAAGAUGAAAACGAACGUAGCGCCAAGAAGCUGAUUGAUGAUCUGAUGCUGAAAAUUUGUCAACUAGAAAUCGAAAAGUCAGAGUAUGACAAAAUGAUGUUGGUGCACAAUGAAAUGAUUGUAAGAAAAGAUGAAGAAAGGAUGAAGGCUGUCAGUGAAGCCAAUAAGCUGUGUGAAGAAAACUAUGCAUGCCGUUUGGAAGCAAACAAAAAGCUAAAAUUUUGCGUAGCCUGUGACGCUUCCAAACCACAAGAUACAUUCUACGUUUGCAGUCCGGAAUGUCAGACACGUUACUGGAUGCAGAUGGACCAGUGAGCAGUAUAAUGGGAUCGAAGAAACUUGAAUCGACCCUUCAUCAUCUGGAAAUAUGAAUGAAUGAAGCUUCAGAAUGCUGGGAUCUAUUAUUUUAAAAAUAAAAUAAACAAACACAUAAGCUAGGAAUUAGACAUAAGGACCCAUAACAUCAUUUAUUUUCAAACUUUUUUCAUUCACAUGAAUUGCAUGUCAAACAUUAUCGAAUGAAAAAACUUUUCUCGAAGUCAUUCCUCAUGACAAAAGCGAACUCAAAACAAGUGACAUCAAUUUUAAAAAAUCAUUUCGGAGAAUAAAAAUUUCGAUUUGGAUUUGCUUUUUUGCAUUACAAUAAUUAUUCUAACUAAUUUCUGAAUCGCUCCGUAAUUUUUUUCUGAAAUUGAUUUCAAUCAAUUAGUCAAACUAGUUGCCAACAUAGUAAAUAUUGAAAAUCAAUUCAUACCCUUCGAAACGAUUCAUUGCUUUUAUAAAAGAAUGGAAAGUUGCAUUUUAUCUUUGUUUUUCAUUUUAAAAAAAUCUUGAAUAAAGUUGAAUUCAUAAAAAAUCAAAGAAAAAAA